UUCCAUAUUGUGACGUCACGUGAUACAGUGAGAAAAGUGUUGAAUGAGAAAAGCCUUACAAAUACACAAAUGACUUGAGAGGGACAUACAAAUUUCUGUUGACAAUUUUUUCCGUAGGGACAUAAUGCCGUUGUUCGGAAAGAAGAAUGACGGUGAAAAGAAGCACCCAGGAAAAGAAUCGGACAUUAAAAGGAGAUACGAAUUUAAGAAAAAGCUCGGAACUGGUGCCUUCUCAGAAGUAUUCUUAGUAGAAGAUCGAACUCACGCUGGAACAUUACAAGCCGUGAAAUGUAUUGAUAGGAAAGGUUUACUUGGCAAAGAAGACUCACUAGAGAAUGAAAUAAGAGUUCUACAGAGGUUAGAUCACCCAAACAUUGUAAAACUGCUUGAUGUUUUUGAAGACAAAUCACAUGUAUACCUAGUUAUGGAAUUAGUUACUGGUGGUGAAUUGUUUGACAGAAUUGUAGAAAAAGGAAGUUACACAGAAAAAGAUGCUAGUGAUUUAAUACGACAGAUUCUGGAAGCUGUGGAUUAUAUGCAUGAUAGAGGAGUGGUACAUCGAGAUCUGAAGCCUGAAAACUUGUUGUAUCACAGUCCUGAUGAAGAUUCCAAAAUAAUGAUAAGUGAUUUUGGUUUAUCAAAAACGGAAGAAUCAGGAACCAUGGCAACAGCCUGUGGAACACCAGGAUAUGUGGCCCCUGAGGUUUUAGCACAGUUACCUUAUGGUAAAGAAGUGGAUUGUUGGUCAAUAGGUGUUAUAGCUUAUAUUUUAUUGUGUGGGUAUCCACCAUUUUAUGACGAAAAUGAUUCAGUCCUAUUUCAACAGAUAUUAAAAGCAGAAUAUGAAUUUGAUUCACCUUACUGGGAUGACAUAUCAGAAUCAGCAAAAGAAUUUAUAAGAAAUCUUAUGUGUAAGGAUGCUAAGAAGAGAUUUACUUGCAAGUCAGCUAUAGCAUUUCCUUGGAUAUCUGGAAAUACGGCCUUAGACAAAGAUAUCCAUGCUUCUGUUAGUGAAAAUAUUAAGAAGAAUUUUGCAAAGACCAAGUGGAAGCAAGCCUUUAACGCAACAGCUGUGAUUAGACAGAUGAAGAAAUUAGCAAUGAACAAAGAGGACCAUUCUCAAUCACCACACAGACCAACAGCAUCGGCCAGUCUCCACACCUAGCAUACUUGUCUCCCUUUAAGACUGUGGCAUAUUUUCAUGUUUACCAAGACUGCAGUCGGAUGUGUUAUUCCAGUGAAGUUUGGAUCACAAUCUGCAGGUGUCUGGGACCAUAUGAUAAGUCAUGUGACUGUUUUUAUUGCUUUGGUGCAGAUAUGAUGAGUUGUGUUGACGUAUUGGUAAUGCAUACAUGUACUGUGUAUUUAUCAUAUAUGUUUAUGACCUGUUUAAGUUUAUAUACAUUUAAGAAUUCCAAGUUUAAGUUAUUUACAAAUUUCCAGAUGUUAAGAACAAACUGCUUAAGAUAAUUUUUAGCGUCUUUCAGCAUUUGAAAGAAAACUGCAUUGGGUCUGCCAUUUUGUAAAAACAAAGUUCUGAACCAGAAAUAACCACUACUUAUUGGCAUUUUUUAAUACCUGAUCUGGACAUAAAAAAACACAGGACCCUAUAAGUUACAAUGGGGUUAAGAAUAGGACUUUGUCCUGUGGAAUUUUGUUGUUGUUUUAAGUCACUAGAUAUAGACUUGGUUGUUUGCUCAUGUUAUUUGCCCUGUUACUUUUUUUACCUAAACUAGCUUACAGGCUUCUUCUGUAGUCCCAAGUUGAUAAAUUUAUAUUUUAGUGAUCAUUAGAUGACCAACCCUACACAUGUAUACAAUGGAUAGUGUAUAUAUGUCUGCAAAGUUCAGUAUUAAAUCUGUGUAGGUUAUAUACCCAUUGCUUGAACAAAAUCUCACCAGAACAGUAUUUUUUUAGUCAUCUUAAAAGAUCAACUAUCAAGUUAUUUAAGUUAAUCAGCAAGUUUUUUUAUGAAAGUGGUUAAUACCUUGUAUUUUAUCCAACACCAAAUAUUGUAGUUUGGCAAAUUUUAGCAUUUUCAAACAUUAAUUCAUUUAAAUUAAGCAAAUGAGUGGUUAACUAAACAAGUGUUACAGACUUUACCUAGCGUAAAUGAUUUAAAGAAAUAAAGGGGUCUAAGGGACUAAAAAGGACCAAUGCCCCAAAAAAAGUAACUUACACUUCAAGUCAGAUUACUAUGCUAUUUUUCAAUUGAAUUUCCAAAGAAAACAAUUUUGUACCGGAUUCAUCAAAGCAUUGCUGUAGCUAAACUAAUUUUUGAUAAAUGUAUUUUUCAGCAAAUGAUUAUAUCUUUUUACAGCUUUUUACAAUACUUUGUCCAUACCUACAUAAUUUACUCAUGUUCAACUUUUCAAUGUCUAAUUGCUGCUAGUGUAUCCUGCUGCAUAAAGUGUAGCUCAUUAUUAAACAUGAUAUUCUGGUAGUAAAAUUUAUUACUUGAAAGUAGAAAAUAUUUCAGUUUUGGAGAUGUAUUGUACAAUGUAUUUUAUCAUUUAUUAUAAUGGCACUUUUCUGUCUCUUUUUAUCCAUUUUUUUUGUUUAGAACCAGUUAACAUUGACAUUUCAGUAUUGUGUAUCUCAUGUUACACUUGACGAGUGAUUGCUCAUGGUUGUUUUAUGGGUAACUACCAGAGAUUUAAUUCCAAUCACUAAAUAUCUGUUUGUAUUGUGACCAACAAAAGCAUGCUUAGUGGAACCAUAGUACAUUAAAUAGUAAAUAAUAUUUUGUUCUUCAAAUAGAUAAAUCACUGGUAUUUUCUUUUCUAACAAUUUUUUUAAAGAGUGUUCAAACAUCAUAUAUAUACCGGGGUAAACAGGGAAUGUUUGCUCAUUGAUGAACACUAUAAAUGAAAUAUUAACAGGGAUAAAACCCACCUUAAAGUAUUUAGUAUCUACAAUAUUUAUUUAUAAUGAGGGACAGCUUUAAGCACUUGCCAAAGCAUGAUAUUUGCUAUUUCAAUUCCUAUUAAGACAUUUUUUUUAUUAAGUCGGGUACUAAUAACCCUAUUUGUUUUAAUUGAAAAAUCGACGAGGGUUUUUUUUAACGACCUUGACUACCCAUAAGGGUCUUGCACGGUAGGUUAAAAUGACAGAUUUUUGUUAAUUCAGAGUACUAUUAUAUCUUUUGGCGUUGUGUGUCAAGAGAGGAAAGGAAUUGUAUAGUUUUUAAUCAUGUUCAUUGAUAUUUAGAAAAUAGGUAUGAAUGACUUGUACUUGAAACAAUUUUUUCAUUGAUAUUGUUGUAAUGGGUGGUAACUCUGCAGAUGUCUAAAAUACAGGUUUUAUCAUUUAAAAAAAAACAGAGAUAAAAGUCAAAUAUAAUUGAUGGAAAGUAAUACAAGAAAAAGAAAACACACAAUCAUUAUCUGUGUGAGUCCAAAAAAAUUUUAAAGUAACAAAUAAGAGUUGAAAUUCUUAGUAAGCGUAUGUCUGUGUGUCAUGUAGAAGGUAUUUGUGUCAUGAGUGUUGUUUUUAGGGGGAGAUUAUUUAGUGUUUUAUUUUCAAUUGCAUAUAAUUUAUUCAUCUCAGUAUCACAGUUUCAAUUGCAUUAUUUGAAUUUAGAAUCAAAAGUCAUAUAUAUCAUAACGUAUGCAUGGUUUUAAAUUAUUUAUGUUGUUUACUGUGAAAUGUUGAACCCCUUGAGAAAAGGUGGGGAAUAUUUUCCUUCAAUCGUUUUAACGAAUUAAACAUUGUACUGUUAUGCAUUUUGUUAUAUAUUUUUGAAUUGUCAUUUAUGCUAUUAAGAUUUUUGCUGUUGAUGUAAAUGGCUUCUAAGUUUACGGGUUGUAAACUUGUUGGUUCUGAAAAAAUAUGUAAUUUGAUUAAUAGGUCUUAUGGUUGAAUAUGGUAAAUAUGUAAGUUAUUUCAAGACAAAAAGUCAUUGCAAUCUAAAUUUUAUUUUGAUUUGACAUUAGAGCUUAAACAGUUUUUCUAAUGACAAGAAAUAGAUUAAAUACAAUUGGUAAUUGAAUUGUAUAAGUUUAAUUAGAUUAAUAGGAAUACUUUUUGAAAAAUUCAUUUUAAAGGCAGCAAAUAUAUUCCCAUGUUUUAAAUUAAAAUUGAGGAUGACUUUACUUAAUUUAUAAUUUCAAAUAUCAUUAUACUGAAGCGUAAACAUGACUAAUAUUAAUCUGGAAAUAAAGUUUGAUAGAUGUCCAUCUUAAUAAAAGUUGUGUCCACAAUUCAAGUGUUCUAACUUGUAGAAAUAUAGUUUGAUAGAUGUCCAUCUUAUUAAAAGUUGUGUCCACAAUUCAAGUGUUCUAACUUGUAGACAUGUUCUAGUCAUAUAACACUAGGCUACUUGAACCCUUAUAUCUCAUGGUGUGAUGAGUGAACAAUUUAUUAAAUAAAAAGUAAAAAGUAAAUUUUUUAAACAUUCCAAGUCCCAUGAAGAAAUUAUAACACGAUGGCUACUAUUUGAAUUAUGUAUACUAUUUCUGCAGAGCUUACUCUGAUAUCCAAUGUUUUUGGGUUGGUGUUUUUUGUAUUACUAUGUGUAGAAAAUAACUAUGUUGGACCAUUAUAAUACAUUAUGUAAUAAAUAGAAAACAUUGUAUAAGUAUGUAGAGAACAAAUGACACUUGUAGACUUUAGACAUACAUUAUGUAGUUAGGAACAACUUAAGACAUACAUUAUGUAGUUAGGAACAACUUAAGACAUACAUUAUGUAGUUAGGAACAACUUAAGACAUACAUUAUGUAGUUAGGAACAACUUUAGACAUACAUUAUGUAGUUAGGAACAACUUUAGACAUACAUUAUGUAGUUAGGAACAACUUUAGACAUACAUUAUGUAGUUAGGAACAACUUUGAAUAUGAAAAUUAUGAUAAUCUGUGUUAAUAAAAAAAUUAAUGCAUUUAAUUACCUCAUCAUGACAUUUGCUAAAAGUGUUCUGUUCAGAUUGUUACAAGAUACUUGUACUUACAAUGUUUUAGCAUACAUUUUAAGGUUUUUUCAGGUGAAAAUUGUGAUCAUCUUAUGUAAAUUACCUAAAGAUUGAUAUAAAAAUAAGCAUCGUUUAAUUUUAAUAUUUUUUACUUUUUAAAGUUUUGCAAGUUGAAUCUGUUUUUUUAAGUCUACAAAAGCAUGGAUUUUUUUUUUAAAUUUACUUCAGACUUUGUUAAAAUAAUAAAUGCAGUCAAUUAUGCAAUUUUUUUUGGCAGGGAUUCUUGAAAAUGUUGGAUGUGUAAUCUGGUUGGCUGUUUUGAAGUCCUCUUAAUUUUAAAUAUUUUCUUUGAUUGAUAAAAAUAAUAUUUGUUUUGACAGAGCUUAUAUUCUACUUUGAUAUUAAUGGUAACAACUGAUAUUUCUUGUGCAUGAUUUUUUUUCUUAUCAAAGAAAUUUCAAUGCCAUAUAUAUCAUUAGUCUUGUUUUGUAUGUCUGAUGGUCAUCAUAUUCCUAAGUAAGGAGUUUUUUUUAGUGCAAGUGAUUAAACAAAGUGUAUGUAGUAUGAUAUGUAUUGAUAAUAAUCAUGGGUAUAUUUUGAAGUUAUAUUCUUGAUCUUAAAAUUAUACGUUAGAUUAGAAUAGCAAAGAAAGUAAUUACAUAGGUUAUAUUUAUAUAUUUAUUGAUGAUAAAAAGUAAUUUGUAUAAGCAAUUGGGAGUUCUGGAUACAGUUUUGGGCUCAGUUUGUCAAGUGUCAAUGUUCUAUACUAUGGACUCAUCAGAAUCAGCUGGGACUCAAAAUUUCAGAAAAUGAUGAGUCCCAGGACUCACCCUAAAAAAUGUUGUAGUGAGAACCCUGUGUUUAUUUAGAGAGUUGAUAUGAGUUAGGAUUUUUAUGUCGGGUAUCAACUGUGGUAAAAGGAUAUCUGUAUGUAAAGCUAUACAAAACCAGGUGAAGUUAGUUACCCAGAAUUUCAUAUGAAUGGAAUUUACUAUUAUAACUGUUUAAAGAUCCGGUACUUAAGCAGUCUUAUAUAUGAAUUGCUAUACUUUAGCAGAGCUAGGUAGAAAUUUUCAUGCAUUCAAGACGCAACUAGAUUUUGAUAUUUUUUCCUAUUUUAUUAUACAUUUGUAUAUUGAAACCAGUAAAAACAAACUUUACAAAAAUUUUUAAAUGUGCAGAAUCAUGCAAAUCUAAGCUAAUACUUUAGAAACAUUUAAGAAUAAAUCAAUUUGUGAAAUGGUCUAUUUCUGUUUUGUAUUUGAAUUAUAAAUAUUUAGUUAUGGUACAUGUGUAGAAGUUUUCUUAAGAAACAAUAUAUAGAAAGUUCAUUCAAAUUAACUAUUUAUUAAUGCUACAACCAUCCAUGUUUAAUGAUAGGUUGACAGAACUGAAUAAAACAAAAGGAAAUAAAUCAACAGACCAUCAUCAUAUAUUAUUACUGCUUAACAAUGGAAUUUUAAAGUUUUGCAUUUCAAAAUGUCUGGAUCACAAUCAGUUUAGGCUUUCCAUGUUGAUUUUUUCUUGUUGAUGUUGUUAUUUUGGACUUUUUUGUCUUAAAAGUCUAUUAAAAUUUGUACUUUACUUUAUUUUUUCUAAAUGUAUGUUUAUAUUUCUGCACUUUUCAACAUAAAUACUUUAAAUUGUU